CUUCAGCAUUGUUUUCUUCCGGUUUCGCGGCUUAAACGAAACAGUAACGUUGGUAGUGAGAGACAUGCUUGCGGUGCAAACUAGCUGUGUCGACGCUGCAGUACAUCGACUUUAUAGACCUAAAUAAAUUAAAGGCUUGAUCGUUGUGAUUUCAUCAGAAUAUAGUGGCGGCAUCAGGAUAUAAGCAUUUACUUCACCGUGUUCGUCUCGAAGAAUCUCGAAUUCUCUUACGGACUAGUUAACACAUAAAAACUUAGCCUAACUGUGCUGUUGGGAGAUUGUAUAUAUGGCACUUAGUUAUGCCUUAAGUAUUUCCGAAAGAACUUUUUAAUCGGAAAAUAGCUGAGACGGCCAUCACCAGAGUUAACCUACCACAAGAAGACAGAUCAGCUGUAAACAUGGGACCUCCACCGCAACAACAUAUGGAGACUGAUGUAGCCGCUUCUACCAAGGAUUCCAGUAACGUUAGCAAAGUGCAUCCAUCUGCAUCUCCUCAGCCGGUCUCGGAUCUCUCGCUGGCACCCCCUCGUCCAUGUAAACGUAAGUCUAGCAGUUGUGAAAACGGCGAGAAUAGCCAAGGACCAGUGACUGUAAGGAAGCAACAGCAACCAAAGAAGAAAAAGUUCGAAUAUGGUAAUUACAGCCAGUAUUACGGUUACCGGUACUUGGGACUAAAUGAUGACCCACGCUUAAGGGCUUUUAGGCGUGAGUGGUUCCAGGGAAGAACGGUGCUUGACAUUGGCUGCAACGCUGGACAUGUAACACUGUUCAUUGCCAAGCACUGGAAGCCAAGUAGAAUAGUUGGGAUGGAUAUUGAUGGUGGGUUGAUCUACACUGCAAGACAAAAUAUCAAACACUACCUUUCAGAUACACAAGCAAAGGAGGACAAUGAUAGCAUUAAAGAUGCGGACCCAGCUGGAGGUGAGGUCUCUGGGAAUUCCGUAAAUGCUCAGGUGAAGGAAGCUGAAAUAGAGAACAACUCAGGGAGCCAACAGGAAGGCCAGUCCACCCCACGCAUGUCUGGAAAUCCCUCAGCGUCUGUGCCUCUCCCUCAUACACCCAGUAACCCCCCUGGGAACUUCCCUGAGAAUGUGUGCUUUGUUCGAGGUAACUAUGUUCUGGAGAGUGACCAGCUCCUGGUCACCCAAAGGGAGGAAUACAACGUGAUCUUGUGUCUCAGUGUCACCAAGUGGAUUCAUCUGAACUGGGGCGACGCAGGUCUCAAGCGCCUCUUCCGUCGAGUUUACAAGCAUCUUCUGCCUGGAGGGCUCUUCAUCCUAGAGCCCCAACCCUGGGACUCCUAUAACAGGAGAAGAAAGCUCACGGACAGCAUCUCCAAGAACUACGCAAGUAUCCAGCUCAAACCAGAUAUGUUUGCCUCAUACCUCACGUCUGAGGUGGGCUUCGGAGGCUACAAGCUCAUUGGAACACCCAAGAGCUCAUCACAAGGCUUUGAGAGACCCAUCUAUGUUUUUCACAAAGAUAACGCACCUUCAGAACAAGUUGCAUGAUUUUUUUCAAGUGUCUAUUUCAUGACCCAAGUGAGGAAGUUAUGUUAAUGUCCUACAGAUCAGUCUGUGUGUACUUUUUUUUUAAUGGGAAAUGGGAUAGAACUGUGUACUUUGCACUUAACUGAUGCCUUUAAGGAUAUAUAUAUUAUAAUUAUACAUACAAUAUUGAAAUCCAGAAAGCUAGUCAUGACUGACUAUGGGAAGACUAUGUUGUUGCACUUUUAAAUGAAUACUUACCGUUAAACAUUGUUGACUGCUGUGUUCUUGGUUUUCUGUUUAUUAAACAUAUUUGUUAAACCCUGAAUGGGGAGUUUGUCACACACCCACAGUUUAAAUAAAUAUUGAUUCAAUAAAAAAUAAAAAAAG